AUGGGUGAAAGAAAAGGAACUAACAAAUACUACCCUCCUGAUUUUGAUCCGUCAAAACACAGGAGCCUCAAUGCCUACCAUGGAGUUCAUGCUUUACGAGAACGCGGCCGAAAGGCCGACAAAGGCAUUAUCAUCAUUCGUUUUGAGAUGCCUUACAAUGCCUGGUGCCUUUCUUGUAAAAAACCCAUUGGUAUGGGUGUCAGGUAUAAUGCGGAGAAGAAGAAGGUUGGAAUGUAUCAUUCGACACCAGUUUUUCAAUUCUCCAUGAACUGUGCCAUGUGCGCAGGCCGAAUUGUCAUGCAAACCGACCCACAGAACUUUGAUUACAUCUGCGUGGAAGGUAUUCGUCGAAAAGUUCAAACAUGGGACGCAGAAGAAAACGAGCAGAUUGUGGUGCCGGACUAUAAGGAAAAGCAAAAAAUGACCUUAGACGCCAUGUACCAGGUCGAACACGAUGUCAAAGAUAAGGAGAAGGCUGCGAAAUCGCAUUCAAUAAUUUCUGAGCUCGAGUCGAGUCGGGAGGUGUUAAAGGAUGACUUUGCGUUAAACUAUCUAGCUAGAAAACAGUUUAGGGAAGCUAAGAAAAUUCAUAAUGCCGCGAACGCCAAAGACGAGGCCCUAAAAUCCAGGUUGUCUCUAACGGGAAGCCAAGUAACUAUCUUGCCAGAAACAGACGAGGACGCUAAAAAGGCGAGAUUAAUGAGACUGCUUCGUAACAAUCGUACCAACGAGCAAGCACACGACAAGCACGAACCUCUAAUAGCAUCCAACCUGUCUUCCUCUUCUGCACCAAAACGAAAGUCGACCGACACCCCUACAGUCGGUUUAGCCAAGCAACUCGCCAAAUCUCACUACCUUGAGAAACGGGCAAACGCUUUUCAGGUCUCAGGGAGUUCGUCUAACGGGGCAGCGUUACACCAUGAGUCAUUGUCUCGAGCAAUACAAUCGGGGAGCGUGCGAAAGGUUUCUAGCUCCGCAAACGAAACUCCAAACGCCGAACAAAGUGAUUCGAUGGCAAAUUCCCAACCGCCAAAUGAGAGCCUCGUUGCUUACGGCGAUAGUGAGUGA